AGAAACUAAGGAAGUAAAGUUGGAUGAAAGAGUUUCCGCGUUGAACUAGGAUCUGUCAUGGAAACACUAUGGAUUUACCUGCUCUGUGCUUUAUUCAUGUGCACGACUUUAGCUGAAGAAGACCAGAAAUUAAAGUUUAAAGCCGCUUCAAAGCCUGUGCGACUUUUCACAGAGGAGGAGCUGAGGAAAUACGAUGGGAGCGUGGAGGAUUUGCCUAUUUACAUGGCAGUGAAAGGAGUGGUGUUUGAUGUCACCAAAGGAAAAGAAUUUUAUGGCAAAGACGCUCCGUACAAUGCUAUGGUUGGAAAGGACUCCUCUCGAGCCGUGGCCAAAAUGUCUCUGGACCCAGACGACCUCACAUCUGAUACUACUGAUCUAACAGAGGAGCAGUUGCAGUCCCUGGACAGUAUUUUUGAAGGCACAUAUAAGACCAAAUAUCCGAUUGUGGGCUACACCGCGUCCCGGAUCCUUAAUCAAGAUGGAACCCCCAACGAAGCCUUCCGACCCGAGGACCAGCCACACUUUCAGAUCAAAGAUGAGUUUUGAUCGUAUAGGAUUUUAAGCAGGUCUGACAUUUCUCUGGAAUUAACUUGAAAAGACCCACAGACAAAACAGUAGUGCAAUAACUUUAUGACUGAAGAACACGUUUGGAAAAACAAUUAUAUGUAUAACUUAAUAACACAAUCAAAAAUAAUGUUCUUGCCUUGUUAAUUUUUCUACUCAAGCUUCAUGUAUGAAAUAGUUUAAUAAUCUUCUGGAUAACUACAUUUCUGACUCCUUCUAACAUCUGUGAAUUGGUGUGUUAGAGAGACCGUUAGUGGUAUGUUGGUCUGUCUGUAGUGUAAGCAGUCACAUCGUAUGGUACUAUAGGUAAAAUCCAGAAAAUGUAAUAAUAAUAAUAAUGUAUGAGGAUGAUUUUAUGCUAAAUAAAACAGUCAUGUGCUGCUUUCUGU